GAGACCCUGAGGCCAUAAGGGAAACUGAGGCGUGCACACAGGUGUCCAUGGCGGGCUGGGUGCUGUGCAUGACGCUGGUGCUGGCAGCGCUGGCAGGGGCGGAGGGUGAGACACGCUACGAGAAGUUCCUGCGGCAGCACGUGGACAGCCCGCGGACAUCCACGUUGGCGGCGCACCGCUACUGCGAGACCAUGCUGGCACGGCGCCGGGUGAUCGGCCCGGGCAGGCCCUGCAAGCCCUCCAACACCUUCGUGCAUGCCCCGCCUGCCGAGCUGGUGGCCGCCUGCUCGCAGGCGCCCGACCCCGCGACGGGCUUCCAGAGCACUCCGAGCGCGCUGAGCCUGACCAUGUGCCGCCUGCGCGGCGGGGACACGCGGCCACCGUGCAACUACCGUGCCCGCCAGGCCCAGCAGCACGUGCGCGUGGCCUGCCGCGACGGGCUGCCCGUGCACCUGGCCGGCACCUACACGGCCCCGUAGUGAGGCCUGCCGUGGUGGUCUCAUGGGCCCUCCGUGCCAUCAGGGGCUCUGUUUGUGCUGCCCCGCAGUGAGGCCUGCCACAGCGCUCCCAUGGGCCCUCAUGGAUCCUCCUGCCCGUCAGGGGCUCUGUUCGUGCUGCCAAUAAAGGAGGUGUCACAG